GGAAGAAACUGAAGAAAAAGAUGAAGAAGGGAAACAAGAUGAGGAGGAAGAAAUGGCUGAAGACAAAGAUGGAGGAGUAGAAAUAGAAGAAAAACAAGAUGAAGAUGAAACUGAAGAAAGAAAAGGGAAUGAGACACAAGACAGUUAUGAUGAUGAUGUCAUCUUCUUAUAUGAGGAGCUUCCCUCGUCUGAUCUAGUACAGGAGGCAGAAGGACUCUUCCUUCCCAAACACUUUUAUAAUUAUCUCAAAAAGGAGGCAUGCCCUGGUUGCCGUGGCUGUGGCGAUAACUUUGAAUUCCCACCAGAUUACGGUAAAGAGAAGAAAGAGAAUGAAAACUCUUCCAUGAGUAUUGAACCAGCACCUGAAGAUAAACCAGCUCACAAUGAUAAUAAAGAGGAAAAAGACACAAUCAAUAAAUCAUCAUUUCAUUCAGCAUCAUCAAGCAGUUCCUUUGGAGCUGCUCCUUCAAUUAGUGAGACCAAUAGUACUGGAUUAUUCUCUUCUGCUGCCGUUGGGUUCUCGUCAUUCUCUGAUAUUGCAUCUGGUGCUGAAAGACCCUCCGAUUUCAUUAAAGAUGAAGGUUUUAAGUUUUCCGGAGCCGGAGCUCAGUUAUUUUCCGGUGGAGGUGGAGAAGGCAGAGAGGAAGAAGGAAAUGAGAAUCCUGAGGAAGAAGCUAAUAUUCAUUUUAAACCAAUCGCUACUUUACCAGAGACUUACGACUAUAAAUCGGCAGAGAAAGAAGGAGAGACCCUUUUUGACGAGCGUGGGAAACUCUAUCGUUUUGACGGCUCAACCAAUCAAUGGAAGGAAAGAGGUCUUGGUAAUAUGAAGAUUAUUUAUCAUCGUGGAAACAGGCAGACCCGUCUGGUUAUGAGACGCGAUCAGAUAUUAAAGUUAUGUUGCAAUCAUUACAUCACUGAUAGUAUGAGCAUUGAGAUGCAAAUGGGUAAUCCUAAAGCAAUGACCUGGUUUACUGAGACUGACUACUCAGAAGAGACUGCCCUACCACAGAAGCUAGCUCUUAGAUUCAAACAUGAGGAAACUGCAAAGAGAUUUAAGGAUCUUUUUGAAGAAGCAGUUAGCAAAGCAAAAGAAGUGUCUAAUGAGAAUGACAGACAUUCAGAAAAUGAAGAAGAAGAGAAAGAGGAGGAGGAAGUAAGGGAAGAGAAAAGAGAUACAGAAGAAGAAAAAAAAGAA